GGCUGGCGAGCCGUGCGGAGCGUUCGCCAAGGAGCUCUCUGAGACCAAGGCACCCCCGUGCUGAGGAUACAGGCGCACAGAGCCGCAAGUUAGGAGAGCCCUGCCCGGGAUAGCGGAGGGCUAGGGGUGGUGUCCCCCUCCUCGCCGGCGGGAUGAGCCCGGGGCUGGCCAGCAUGAGUGCCAGCCUGCUGCUGCUUCUCUGCCUGCUCGCGCAUGAAACCAAGUCGGCAAGUGUCUCGCUGGCCCAGGAUCCAGAGGGGCCCCAGUUGAUCCCUGUAGCUUUGAGUCGCAGCACGGAAGACUUCGAGUUCUACGAACACGAAGAUCAUCUUUGCAGAAAGUGUCCUGCAGGUUUCCAUGUUGAAAAGCACUGUGUUAUCUCGAACACUAGCGGGAAGUGCUCUCGGUGUGAAGAAGGAGCUGAAUUCACAGAGUACCCCAAUGCGCUUCCCAAGUGCCUGACUUGUCGUGUCUGCAGAAAAGAUGAGGUGCAGCUGAGUAGGUGCAACAGCAGUAAGAACACGCAGUGUACUUGCAAGAACGGUACCUUCUGCUCUCCAGACUAUCCCUGUGAAAUAUGCCAGAGGUGCAGACUCAGGUGUCCUGAAGGAGAUGUGCAGGUCAGUUCCUGCAUGCCACAAAGUGACAUCCAAUGUGCACAUCCCACAGGCCCGCCUCCUGCGGCAGGUGGCAUUGCAGGCUGGAUGGCAGUUGGGAUUGUAGCGCUAGUCGUCGUCGUUGUCUUGAUCUUGCUUGCAGUCUUGUGGUGCUGGUACAGUCGCAACUCAUCUUCUGGAGGUGAUUCAAGAAAGAUGUCAGCCAGCUUCAAGUUUUCCUUAACAAAGGCACAUAUCCUGUCACCACUGAGGAGCUGCACUCGAGGGAGGCUGGCAACUCAGGAUAACAGGCGGAAUGAGCAGUUGGAUCAGGAAUCCCAGCAUGGGUUGCUGGCUGUGUCAGACCCUAAAGAAGCAGUAAGGAAGAAUAGCCGAUGUGAGACUAUGGCUCUAUCUGCAGCAGACAGUGCCCCCAAGCAGGAGAGAAACCCAGCAUCUCAAAUGGUGAGCAGGAGGAAACUGGUUCCAGGGAGAGGAAAGGACCCAAUAGAGACUUUGCGGUGCUCCUUCGACACCUUCACUCAAGAAGUGCCCUUCAAGGACUGGAGACGGUUUGGGAGAGCCCUCCUCCUCACAGAAAACGAGAUUGAGAUCGCGGAGAGGAGUGACAAGUACUCACAGGAGCCGCAUUACCAGAUGUUAUACACCUGGCUGAACAAAGCAGGAGUAGGGGCUUCUGUCAACCAGCUACUGGAGACACUAGAUAAGAUUGAUCUCGGGGGCGUUGCAAACAUUAUUUGCUCCAAGCUUAGUGGCCUUUAUGAGGAAGAAGAAUUAAACUGAGGAACAGGGUGGGAUUGCCUUGCUUCUCUCCACGCCAGAACCAUAAAUGCCUCUGAAAUCCUGGAUACCCUCUGCCCAAAGAUCCCCUGGGCUGCUCCUGAGUAAGGCAUCCUUGAUAGAUACCAGCUGGGCUGGGGGAGUUGGUUGUCUUCUAGAGACAAGAGCCUUGCAAGCCCUCUAGGAAGAGUGAUGCUGCAAAAGCUGUUGAACAAACAGGUUCUUCCUCUGAAUGUCCGAAUCUAAGUUACUGUCAGACAUCCAGGCUGGGAUUUCCUUGUAACACUCUCUGUUGCAAUGACUCUGCUAAUAUGUUAUUGUGGAGCACCACUGGAAUCUUACCCCGGUGGGUAUUGGCAUCCCCUGGCUCUUUCCGGCUGCAGGGACUUGGCAGCUGGAGGGAACUGCAACUGGCAAAGCUGGCAUGUUUGUCGUUCAGGGCCACCUCCGAAAGCUCUGACUAAAUGUUAUACCUCCUGCUGCUGCUGCUGGAUGCUUUAGCCUUCUAGAAAACUUGACAAGCCUCAGCCAGCUGGCCAGAGCUUCUACCUCCAUCUAUGAUAGGCAGGUUUUAAUUGGUUCCUGGGUCAUUUGUUACCUGCUGUACAUUUUAGCUGUAGCUACCUGUUUUAUUUGCUGUAGGGUUAGACCAUCUAGUACCUAAAACCUGAGGACUUUACUGGAGUGAGGGGCAGAUAACUGUCUACCCUAGUGGUACUGAAACUGUGAUCCAGGGGGAUUGUUGUCUUUU